CCAGUCCAGCUACUACCAACUACCCCCUGAGAAUCGCUCUGCCAAUGAUUCCAAUUGAUAACCCCCUGAAACAGAAGAAACAGCAAGUGGUAUAUGGUUUUCCUCCAUCUACGACUGACUGUAUCAGCAUCUAUCUAGGGCUGCAGAGCUACUCAGAGAGAACUGUCACGGAUAUGGCCGCAUGCAGACCCGGUAGGGCGUGAAGGGAGGGUCCCGAGCCAGUCAUUUAGGACAUGGGUAUAGCCAAUCACGAAGUGAGCGCGAAGUCCUGUCUUCGCUCCAUCUGGGAGCGAUGGGAGCAUCGAAUGCUCUGUCACGGCCCCCACCAUGAGCCCUACUCUUGGGCAAUUGGCGGGCGAGACACUGUAGAUUUCAUGGCGAAGCGACCUGACUCGCAACAAAGGGAGGAUAUCUGGAGAGCGGGAGACUCAGAUUGGAACUUGGAACUUCCCUCCCUCAAGGAUCAGUCAGUUGGUCAAGUGGUGUACGCACGAUACUGUGUACGGAGGUGCCGCUGCAGACACCCGUCGAUCUGGGAUUCCAGCAAACGUUUGCGUUGAGGACGCGUCGUAUUUGGACUGGAUAAUCUGGUUCUUCAAGGUUAUUUUAGUGGCUCAGGCAGCUGCUACUUCGGUCCCCAGCAGAUUCCCCAGUCAGCAUACCUGGCUAGGGGCCUUCAAGAAAAUCAUUUCAUCCUCGUGGCGGCAUGACAGGCACUGGUUUUGUUUCUCUCUUACUCGGCACGGUCGUGUACAGGCC